AGGAGCCGCCCGGGACCCCCAGAGCCGCCCGGGACCCCCAGAGCCGCCCGUUCCCCGUUAGGAAGCAGGAGCGAAGGCAGUCCCUGCGUGUGCCGAGGUACGUGACUUAAGGUUGAAGAGCAUUUUCCAGCUCCCUGUCUUGUGCUUUGCUAAAAUAUAAAACAUUGAAACAGCUCUCCAGUGAGGUCACACACUCCAGCUCACCUGAGGGUGCCCUGAUCCGUGAGGAGAGAGGAGCAGGAAGAAUGGGGGAAGAAAGAGCCCAGGGAUCUGGAUCUUUGGCCCUGGCUGAUGAACUCAACACAAAGCCACUGUGUGAAGGGAAGAGGGACUCAGACAAAGAAUCAAUGUUAAAUGGCACCAAAACCGCUGCUGCUGCUGGGCAGUUUAACCUCGAGGCUGCGAUUAAAAGUGUUGACAAAAUGUCCAGCGAGUUGAAGAAGCUGAACGUGGAAAGCCAGCUCCUGCUUUGUGACCUUAUUCUGAAUUUCAACCAUCCUAUAAAGGCCAAAGACUUAAGAGAAGCUGAAGAAAAGACGUGGAGUUUGACAGAUUAAACAUCCAUUUUCUUGUGUUGUCUUCUAUUAAUACUGCUGAAGUUUCUCUUUUUUUCUUUUUCUNUUUCUUUUUCUUUUUCUUUU